AUGAAUCUCUCGGCCAUAUGCCGGCGGGUAGGUCUAAAAGAAGUAAUUUCUAGCUCUCCUGCAUACAGUGGUUCCACCGGUGGGUACCCUCCUCCAUUGCCUGUUCUUCUUCCUCCUCCAUUGCCUGUUCUUCUUCCUCCUCCAUUGCCUGUUCUUCCUCCCUAAUGACUGAAAGCCUGGUUUUCAGAUGCCACCGGAGGGCUAAGCCUGAUCUUCAUGCGGUGGGCCACGAAGAAGACAGCAGGGUCCACGAAGAACGGCCGGGACUCCAAUCCCAAGUUUCUGGGAGUGAAGAAAUUCGGCGGCGAGGUGGAGCUACAUCCCAUGAUAUUCGAUUGAAUAUUCUCAAUUACCAAAGUCUCUCUCUCCAUUUUUUGCUAAAUUUGGCCGACUCUGCAGAGGGUGAUACCCGGGAACAUCAUCGUCCGCCAGAGGGGGACCCGAUUCCACCCGGGGGACUACGUUGGUAUGGGGAAGGAUCACACUCUCUAUGCCCUCAAGGAAGGCCAGGUGAGAUUUGAGCGGCACAAGCUCAGCGGCCGGAAGUGGGUCCACGUUGACCCCAAGGAUGGCCAUGUUCUUCACCCUGUCUAUGUCAACACCUCUGCAAGUGCUGAGUGA